AUGAUCACGAAGUUAAAGGGGGACGUCGGAAGAGUGCUCCGUUUCCUGGUACCACUGGAUAAACAGCGUCACCAGGCUCAGCUAGGCAGCUCCGGACGGCACGGCCUUAACAGACUUCACACCUACACGAACAGGCGGUCGUGGCAACACGGAUUCCCAAAACGGAACAAAAACGAAUCGUCGCUUUUUGAUCCCUUCGUUUCCGUCGAUCACUUUCAAUCGCGUGUCGUGGUAUGGCUGUAUGUUGCCCAGUAUUCUAUGUACGACGUACUGAGCCGGGACAGACUGCUCAAAGUUUCGCAUUCUCGACAUUUGCCUGUCAAUUUGGCUUUCGGAGGAGACUCAAUUGGAUGUAUUGGUUUUGCUAUUCUUGAAGUAGAGCAUAAGAUGGACGGAAACUCGGGGACUGAUGAGCCUCAAAUGGACAGUGCUGGUCCGGUGCCGCAAUCAUGGGCAGGUCACCAGCGCAUAUCUCCUGGCCUGCCUGAGAAUUUCCUCUUCGAACGCGACCGAAAACUUCGUAUAGAGCAGCUGCAUCGAUGA